UGAUCUCCAGACAUGAGCCCAGAUCAGUGUCCAGAUCUCACCAUCGUCCUGAUGGGAAAAACAGGAGUUGGUAAAAGUGCUUCAGGAAACACCAUCCUGGGACGAACAGUGUUUGUGUCAAGGCUGUCCUUUAAAUCAGUGACGAAACAGAUCUCUGAACAAACAGGAAAUGUUUUGGGGAAACAGAUCUCAGUGGUCGACACUCCAGGAAUAUUAGACUCUGAGGACACAAAGAAGGAGAUUAAAGACUUCUGUCAGAGUCUCCUGUCAUCCUCCAGACGUUGUCUGUUUCUGGUGGUGACCAGAGUUGGACGGAUCACAGAGGAGGACCAGGAGGCUGUUCAGGCAGCUAUGGAAGUCCUCGGGCCUCGGGGGAUGGAGAAGAGUUACCUGCUCUUCACUGGUGGGGAUGCUUUAGAGGGCAAGACAGUAGAGGAUUUUAUCUAUGAAGGAAACGAGGAAGAAAUGCUUCCAGAAGUUGUUAGAAGGUUUGCGGGGGCGUAUCAUCUCUUCGACAAUGAAAGUGACAAUGAAGAACAAGUCAGAGAGCUGCUGAAGAAGUCUGUCCACCUCAACACCCAGGAAACAGUCGAUGAUUCCAGGAACCGGAGGAUCGUGCUGCUCGGCCUUCCUGGAGCUGGAAAAAGUUCCUCUGGGAACACCAUCUUAAGAUCUGGACAGUUUAAACCAGGCUGUGACUUUGGUUCAGUCAGUACUGAGACAGUCUCUAAGUCAGCCAUAGUGGAGGGUCGUCAGGUCACGGUGGUAGAUACUCCAGGAAUCACUGAUGAAGUUCUGACUCCUCAACAGCUGUUUAAAGAGAUCAUGAAGUCAGUAGUAGAGACCAGUCCAGGACCUCAUGCCUUUGUUAUUGUUGUCAGAAUAGGCAGAAUCACUGAAGCAGACAUCAAACUGUUUGAGAUGCUGGAAAACCUGUUCAGCAGAGAUGCUCUGAAAUACUCCAUGGUGCUUUUCACUCAUGGAGACGAGCUGGGAGGUCGGUCCAUUAAUGAUUUGAUCCAGUCUGACCAUCAUGUGUCUGAUCUGGUCUCCAUGUGUGGUGGUAGAUUCUGUGUGUUUGACAACACAACCAAAAGAAGCAGAGAGCAGGUCAGAAGUUCCUGAGUAAAGUAGAUGAGAUGGUCUCAGAUAACGGUGGAGAACACUACACUGAUGACAUGUUCAGGAUGGUUCAGACGUUCAUUAAUGAAGAAAGGAACAUGUCUGACAGCUCAGCCACGUCUGACAGCUCAGCCAAGUCUGACAGCUCAGUCAAGUCAGCUCAGC